GUGUGGACCAGCUUGGUGUAAACAGUCGGUCAGUGUAGUUUUAUGCGAAGUCACUACGUUCUUUAAGGUUGGGAAAGAGGGGAGGGUCAAUAUAUUUUUUAAAAAGUAAUAUAUAUAUAAAUUUUAAAUACGGCCCUAAUAUCUGUUUGAGAAAUUAUACUAGUCUCUUUGUGAUAAUUAAACAAAUAAUAUUAAACACAAAGCCAGAGAUGUAAUCUAUGUGACACGCCCUCCCCGCCUUUGUGUGUGUUUGUGGGGAGGGCAGUGACCAUGGAGACCUCUCACCCCUAUUUCCCGCCACUUGCUAUCUAGUCACAUGUGAAUCCUCGCUUGUAAGCACGUGAAACAGCUUAAUAUCGCACUGGCUGACUGGUUGUCACAACACCUAGCUUACUACUACUGGUAGGCUAUAUAACUCGCUCACAGAAGGCUGUUUAGAUACAUCCAUACAUCCAUCCAUCACGAUGAACGUUCUACUCGUACUAGCCGCCUGUAUCUCCGUGUGUUCAGCCCAUCUGUGCAUGUUGAGUCCGCCCCAGCGUGGCUCCAUGAAUGACAUCAAUAAGAAAGGGGCCAAUGAUUGUUUUCUCAUCAACAAGCCGUGCGGUGGUCGCCCUGGAUCAACAAAUCCACUUAUUCUUAAAGCUGGACAGAAUUUUACAGUGACCUUUCAGAAAAAUUUGGAUCACUGGGUUAAAGCAACACCAGGAUACUUCUCCAUCAAUUGGAUGGACAUGACCGUCAGUCCAAUGAUGACGUCACAGCUCUACAAGAUCGCUGACAUGGGAGAGCCGUCCUUGACGUUGUACUCGCAGAACGUAACCAUUCCGAAAACCAGCAAGUCUGGAACGAGUUAUAUACUUCAGACGCAGUACGUCACCAACAAUGCUAAAGCCCCACCCGUGUUCUACCAGUGCAGUGACAUCACGGUCGCCUGAUUGACGUCAUAAGUAAAGAAACAUAUGUGAAAUGCAACCACAGCCUAUGUGCAGUCAAGACCAGAUUAAAUUAGUGCCAGUUAAUAGCUCAAAGUAGUUCUACAUGGCACAAAGCCACCAUAAUUAUGUUAACAAUUGAGGGGCAUGGGUUGGAAAUAAUCAAACCGUAUUCAACAUUCAGACGCGUGUGCAGAGGGGAGUUUGUGGGUCGAAACCCCUUCCUGCUUUAAGCAAAUAUUAUUUUUUAAAUGUAUUUUCCAUGGAAGCAUAAACCGAUCCCCCUAAAACAUUUACCCCCAACAUUCUCGACCCCUCCCAGUACAAUUUCCUGCAAACGCGGUUGACAUUAUUUUAUAAGGCACUUCAGAAACUCCAAACAAACCAUUCGAACCUCAAAAUUUUCUCAUAUAGCUUAGAUGUUUUUCCAUUACUUUGCUAUCACUUGAAAUGUUCUUCCUACAGUCCUGGGGAUAAUUUAUGUAAAUAUAUUCAUAAACUACUCUUUUCCUAGCCACGAAGGGAAUUAUUAGAGAUGUUUUCUCCACAUUAACAAAGCGCACAAAAUGUUAGCAUACCUAUUGUUUAUCCAUAAUUGUUAUUUCACUUUACUGUUUUAUAUAUUUGCAUAUUAAUACGUUUUGUUUAUUUCAUUAAUUUAUUAAAUUAUAUAUCAUAACAGAUUACUAAAAAUAUACUUAUUAUUGUUUGUAAAUUCAAUAUGCAACAACAUGGACAUUAUUUUGUUUAUACUUUAAAAAAAAUUGUUGGCAAAGUCAAAAUCGUGAGAUGUACAUGUAUGCAUCAUUUUUGCGACAAGAGGGUCAACGUUUUGGCUCCAACGAUAAAGAGUUUGCGUUUAGCUCGAUUUCUCAGAAAUUUGAAGUCCCAGAUCAACAAAACAUGUUUUUAGUUGCAUCCAUAUAUCUUCAUCUCAGUGCAUGUUUUAUUAAAUUUUGUUUAUAGUUUUAAAAUUUUAAUUUUAAUUAAAACACUUUACCGUUUAUAGGUCAAUGUUAAGCUUUUGUGCCUAUGUCUAUUUCUCACAAAAUGCAACUCCCACAUCAAAGAAACUUGGUUUAUAGUAUCAUGAAUAUUCACCUCACUGCAUAAAUAUGUAAAUUUUAAAUAAAAAUUUAAUUAAUUUUUAAACUUUUUGAAAACAUGCAUAGAGAUGGAGAACAUCUAUUGAUGCAACUAUGACCUACACAGAAUAAAUCUACUGUUGGCGAUAUUUAAUUCCGCGGAAUUCUUGUUAAUAUAGAUUAGUUGGAAAUACUGAACUAGUUCUAGCUACUAGUAUCUCAUUAUAAUUACUUGGUUUCAUAUUACACAAGACAUCUACUAAUAAAACUACAGUUUAGUCUUGACAUGCUGACCGUAACGAUUGUAAGAACAGCAAUAUUUUGUCUUAUAUGUUUAAGUUAAUGUUAAUAAUUUUUUAAUAAAAACACUGAAUUUUGAA